AUGAUGACAGGAGCAAAAAGGAAAAGAAGUGCAGUCUGGAGGAAGAUCCAGGCUGUUCGCUUUGAAGAUAUCAAAGUCUGGUGUAUGAGAAGGCUGCCCAUCUUCAAAUGGGUGCCUGUCUACAAUUGGAAGGAAAAUUUGAUUCCCGAUACGGUUUCCGGGACGAUGCUAGCUAUCCAACAGGUGACUCAAGGGCUGGCCUUUGCGGUUCUGUCUUCAGUCCAUCCAGUUUUUGGUUUAUAUGGCUCUUUCUUCCCUGUCGUUAUUUAUGCUAUAUUUGGAAUGGGACGUCAUGUUGCGACAGGAACUUUUGCUUUAACUUCCUUAAUAUCUGCCAACGCAGUUGAGCGUCUUGUUCCUUCAGUCAGCACUAAUUUCACUACAAGCAAUAAUUCAGGAGUUUUGGGCCUAUCAGAGUUUGAAAUGCAGAGGAUUGGAGUUGCAGCAGCAGUUUCAUUUCUAGGAGGAAUCAUUCAGGUAGCGAUGUUUAUGCUGCAGUUGGGCAGUGCCACUUUCUUGUUAACAGAACCAGUGAUAAGUGCGAUGACAACAGGAGCAGCUACACACGUUGUGACUUCACAAGUGAAAUAUCUGCUGGGAAUGAAAAUGCCGUAUAUAUCGGGACCACUGGGAUUUUUUCAUAUUUAUGCCUACAUAUUUGAGAAUAUCAGAUCAGUUCAGUUGGAGGCUUUACUUCUCUCCUUGCUGAGCAUUGUGGUGCUUGUUCUUGUUAAAGAACUGAAUGAGAAAUUUCAGAGAAACAUUAAAGUUGUUCUUCCCAUCGAUCUAGUUUUGAUAAUUGCUACAUCCGUUGCCUGCUACUAUGCUGAUAUGGAAUACGUCUAUGGGCUAGAAGUUGUGGGACAUAUUCCUGAAGGGUUACCAUCACCGAAAACACCACCCAUGAACGUCCUGCCUGAAGUAGUCACUGAAGCUUUUGGAGUAGCACUGGUUGGUUAUGUAGCAUCACUAGCUCUUGCCAAAGCCUCUGCUAAAAAAUUUAAAUACACUGUGGAUGAUAACCAGGAAUUUUUGGCCCAUGGCCUCAGCAACGUGAUUCCUUCAUUUUUUUUUUGCAUACCAAGUGCUGCAGCGAUGGGACGGACGGCACUUUUAUACAGUACGGGCGCCAAAACACAGGUGGCUUGCCUUAUCUCUUGUGUAUUAAUUCUUGUGGUGAUCUGUGCAAUUGGACCUAUGCUGUACUGGCUGCCUAUGUGUGUGCUAGCAAGCAUUAUUGUUGUGGGCUUGAAGGGGAUGCUAAUGCAGUUCCGUGACUUAAAAAAAUACUGGAAUGUGAAUAAAGUAGACUGGAGCAUAUGGGUUACUACCUACGUGUUUACAAUAUGCUUUGCUGCUAACGUGGGACUGUUGUACGGUGUUGUCUGCACUGUAGUAAUUGUGAUUUUCCGCUUUCCCAGAGCAAAGACACUGAAUUUGAAAAAUGUGAAAGAAGUGGAAUAUAAAUACAAAACAGAAGAUAAUUGUGAAUCAUUAAAACAGGUAAAGAUAGUUUCAGUCAACAACCCAUUAGUCUUUCUGAAUGCCAGGAAAUUUCAGGCUGACCUGAUAAAGAUAAUCCAGAAGGAUACCAUGAGCAGCCAGUGUGAGCAGAAUACGUUGCUCUGUUCAUUUUCCAAUGGGAGUUGUCAUGGUGAGUCGUUGCAGUCAUGUCACGGUGAGCGACGUGCUUUGAUAUUAGACUGCAGUGGACUGAAUUUCUUUGACUACACUGGAGUCUCAGUGCUGCUUCAGAUUUACAUGGACUGUAAGAACAGACACAUCGAUGUGUUGCUAGCACACUGCAAAGCUUCCUUGAUAAAAGCAAUGCAGUACGGUGGAAAUUUUGAAUCUGAAAAUCCUGUCUUCUUUGAAUCUAUUUCUUCGGCAAUCGAUGCCAUUCAAAUUCACAGGAAUUACAGCAAGUUCAGUGAACAGAGUGAAGUGUGA